UGGAGAGACAUAUAUAUAUACACACUACAAGGAAGAUGGCGAUUGUCCAGGAGAGCUAGCUCAAAGAACGGAAGUUUCUUGUGACAUUAGUGUUCGAUCUUUGAGAUUUAAACAUUUGGAUUUUCUCUAUCAGCUUGGAAUGGGAAUUUAACAAUGACGCUUGAAUAUUGUCGAUCUUUCAAAAGGACAGGUGUGCUUCGUUGAAGGUAGGAUUGGUUCUGUUUGUAAAAUGAGGUCACCGGUAUAUAUAUAUGUACAUAGACUUUAUUAUAUAGGCUAAUCUUCCUACAGUAGACCGAUUUACUCUCUUUGAUACCUACAUUUUAAAGGUGUCGGGAUAAAAAACAAUACUUUUUCCUAAUAAACAUUAAUCGAUGACGAUCUGUAGAUAAAUGUUUACACAUUUUCAGACGGAUUGUAAGGCUCUCAAAAACAUCCCAGAUAGACAUACCGGUUACCCUGAAUGACAUUGUAGUAGGUAAUUCUAUUUAUAGUUUUGUGGUACGUCACAUCAGCUACCAGGAUGAGUUUUUUCUCUUGGAAGCGGAAUUUGUCUAUAAGUGAAAAGGAACCGACUUACAAAGUCCGUUACCUAGGAAACGUACAGACAGCCAUGAUGAAAGGGGACGGGUGCGUUGACAAGCCAGCUGCAGUUAUAUGGAAUAAUUAUGUCCGGAGUUCGAACCCUGGACUUGAAAUGAAACUGACCGUUACAAGCUGCGGUUUAAAAGCUUUCACGAAGGAGCAAGGACUCACGGAAUACAGAGCACAUAGGAUAUCAUAUUGUAUAGCUCAUCCGAAGUACCCUCGGGUGUUUGUCUGGGUAUACCGACAUGAGGGGAAAAAGAUGAAAAUGGAGCUCCGAUGCCAUGCUGUUUUCUGUAAAACCGAAGCCAAGGCAAAAGCUUUGGCAGUGCAUCUUCAUGAUAAAUUAAGCUUUGCAUUAAAAGAAUUUAUGCGUGAGAAAACCCGACGUCAAAAUUAUCGCCUAACCCUUCAGCGGACAAACUCUCUGCCACAAUCUGGCCAGGUGCUUCCAAAACGAACACAGUUUUUGAGUACAGGUCAACAUUUUAAGCCACCGAUUUCUAAAUCUAACACUGCACCGCGACUCGGUUCAAUUGUAGAGACCUACGAGACUGUAGAUGAAAGCUUUGAAAGUGUAGAGGAAGAAGACGAAUCAACGAUAACCAACGGUUCAUUAGACGAGGAGGAGGCACUGAAACAUGCGCUCAGUGACCCUUCACUUGAUUCCCCAGCACUACAUGAAGCAAAAAUGGAGGUGAUUUGUGCAAGAAUCAUUGAUUUGGAAAUCGGUAAUGACAUUGACGAGCUAAAACAAGAUGAGGAUGUGAAAUUCUGCAUCUCCAACGGUGACUCGGAUGAUGAAUCUUCAGAAUCUGGAUUCCAUGAGGAACAAACAGAACCUGACCAAGACCAGGGAGAAGUGACCUUGAACUGUGAAGGGGUCAAGGACACGAUUGAAGGCGACAUGGCCGACCUUGACCUCUUAGAUCAUCAAGUCUGUGACAAUCCAGUUGGAGAUUAUGUUGAGGAAAGGACAAUUGUGACAUCUUUAUGAUGGCGAGCUGUUGACAGGUCAAGUCCUUUGUAACAGAGAACAGCAAGAAUGUGAAGGACAGUUUACAAGUAUACUAAUGUAAGGAUUGGUUACUUUGUCCUGGUCAUAGGAAAGACACAGAACAUAGGAAUGACCAUAGCAUUGCAGUCAGGAAGGACAUAUAUCAUAGAACUUGAGUAAGAAAUUAUUUAAAUGUGCUGUAAACAUAUUGUACCUAAUUGACCUCGGUCAUGUGGUUUGGAAGGAUGUGCUACCUAAAACUGACCACAGGAAGGAUGUGCUACCUAAAACUGACCACAAGAAGUGAUAUGCUACGUAAAACUGACCACAGGAAGUGAUGUGCUACGUUAAACUGACCACAGGAAGGAUGUGCUACCUAAAACUGACCACAGGAAGGAUGUACUACCUAAAAAUGACCACAGGAAGGAUGUGCUACGUUAAACUGACCACAGGAAAGAGGUAUACAAUGGGUACAAAUCACAGCAAGGAUGUGUUCAAUAAACCAUAAUAUGGAAUAUGUCCAAUACAAGUGCAGAAUGUUUUCUUGGAAUCUCUAUCCAAUAAUUUGCAUAUUUAGUUUCGUAAAAAUCAUGUACAUAUAGAAGUGCCAGUGAACAUUAUUCAAUUAAUCAGGACAUUUUCUUGGAUUAAAUGUUCAACCAGGUUUAAAAAGCCAAAUAUGUGAUUUUGGAAAGACUACAGAAUUUCGUUCGAAGUGGAGAUACACACAUGACGAGCAUUUUUUGUGAGAUUUCCUCAGCGAUUUCACUAUAGCUCUAAAUGACCUUAUAAGGACAUGCACAUGUAUGUGAUAUUUUUCAAUGACAAAGGUUUUCAUAUUUUAAUAAUGAUGAUAUUAGUGUGUAUAUGUAUAUAGUACCAGGAUGAAUACAAGUGCAAAUUUUUCAAUACGUUUGACUUUGAGGCGCUACUAAUAUGGAUUAGUCUGUGAAGUUAUGUGAUAUUUUGUCUGUGAAUUUGAGUUGUAUGACCAUAUUUGGGUAUGUGCGUGCAUGCGUGCGUGUGCGUGAUAUUUGCACGAUUGCAGUGAUAGCAGAACCAACUGAAUAUGAAUUUAUGAAAGCUGCAUUCAAAAUUUUUUUAACCGUAAUGUUAUUGAUUUCAUGUGACCUAAGGAUCUCGGCAAAUAAUAUCAAUCAAUAUUACAGCCAGUGUGAUCAAUAAUCAAGGAUUUCAACCAAUAAAAAUCAUUCUUACAUCCAUGAAGAUUUACUGAAACUUGUGUGCACCAAUGAACAUAUUUGUAACAUCCAUGAAGAUUUACUGAAACUUGUGUGCACCAAUGAAAAUAUUUGUUACAUCCAUUUAGAUUUUCUUGACUUAGCAAGAUUACAAACACAUGCAAGUGGCUGAUGGACUCUAUUGUUUAAUGUUGAGGAAAAUGUCUGAGAUCCAAGGACUUAAUUUUAAGGAGGGCAGAUACUUAAAUAUUUAACAUGUAAACAGCUCACCCCAUAUACUAAUAGUUAUUUUUGUUUGUACAUUACAUUUUUUGUACUAUUACACCUGUAUAUUCCUGGGUUGUAUUUAUUUAAUGGGAAAUUGAUGAUUAUACAGAUUCAUGAUGUCUAUGUUGAUAAUAGAAGAACUUAUCACUGUUUAACACUCCAAUAUUGUACUGAAAAUCAUGUCUUGUUUUUAUAUAUGUUUUAAUGUCUUUCGUCACUAAACAUUACACGUUUGUAUUGAACUAGACAUAUCUAGUUAUGUAUACCUGUGAUCAGCCUUUGCCUAGGAUAAGCCCUCCUUCCCACUUCCUUGGAAUAAGAAUUUUUGAUAAAGACCUGGCAAACCUCAAAAUGAAGCCUUUUUAGCCAUUUAUGAUGAUCUCUUGCGCGCACUACAAUUCAGAUAGUUUUUAUUAACAUAUUUUGUUUCUCAACAUCAAUCAAUUUUUCAGUUGUGUGGGCUUAUUUCGAGGCAUGGGCUUAUUGCUAGAUUUAUACGGUAUGUUGUUUAAUGCAACAGGUUAAAAAAUGAAAGUUGGUACAGCUCCAGUGAUUUUAUGUGUUGUGAUCACAGGUAAAUCUUGACUUGACUCAUUCACCCCUGAAGACACAUUUGAACUCCUCCUGACUAUGACUUUUAUUAUUUAAAACACAUUUCUUCUAGUUAUCAGCAUAUUUCCAGUGACAAAUAUUGAACACAGAACAUCAUCAGGUGGAAUGUUUCUUGUUAAAUGGAGCUUGGGAAGAAUUUAUUGUUUGUCUUCAGUACAAAUUGUUAAGAAGGUGAAUAUUAUCUAAAUUUAUUUUUAAAAUUAUUUUAGCCUGCCAUGACACCUUUUUCAUUAAGGACCGAUAAGUAGUAUUUCAUUAAUUAAUAUACUUCUGGAUCUUUUUCAGAAUCUAUUGAGUAGGAUUUCUGGUGAUAUCAUUUGAUUUCCUCAGAUAGCCUGUUGUUUCAUAUCUUCCACAUACAUUUGCGAAAACCAUUAUUAAUAUAUACACAUAUAAAUACAUCAUAAAAUGUAUAUAAACCUCUUUUUGGGAAAGUUUUGCAGUUAAAAUGUAAUUUAAAAUGUCAAUCCCAUACACGACUAGUGAAGGCUUGAUAAUCAAAUGUUUUCGUCAAAUUAUGUUUUGCAGUGUAUAUGGCUGAACAAUUCAGUUUUAAUAUUAGUGAAUAACAAGUUAAAAUCUUCUUGUUCAGAGUACUCAGUAUGAAUAACCAUGUCUUUAUAUGCUAUAUCUGAUCUGGGUUUUCAGUAGUUUGUUGAAGGUAUAGUCUUGACACUCUAAAAUCGUCUUCGACUCAUGAUAUUGACAGGACUUGUCUAUUUCACAUGUGUUUUUAACCAUCCAAUUUGCAGGGAAAGAUGUCAUUUAACUUCCGAAAUGGCUGAGUAUCAAAGAAAAGCUUUAACCUGUUCACCACUGUAGACCAUAAUUGACUCAUCCAGAUCAAUGCAUAGAAGAGUUUACUAAGGUGACGUAGGGGUGAAAGGGUUAAUGAUGCCAGUAUAUAUGCCUACAGUGUGAACAAUGUGAAUCGAUCUUGACUCAUUCACCCCUGAAAUUUCAUAAUGAACUAUUCCAACCUUUGAAUUGGAGGAGUUCAAAUGUGUCUUCAGGGGUUAAUGAGUUAAUUCUUUUUAGUGUUUCUCUAGACCUGUCACUAGUUGCUAAAUUAUUAGCAUAAUGUUGAAAGAACCCAAGCUGCAAAAAAGUCAUUGAUGUUCAAUAAUUGCAGAAUUUUGAUAUUUAAAAAAACUCACUUUCAUUUUUUUCAUUUUCUAAGACUAAUUAGCAUACGUACUUACCACAGACUUGAACGUUGAGAUUUUUUUCAUUUUAUGAAUGAUUUCCUAUUCAAAUUCAAUGUCGUUAAGUCCAAUAAAAAUGCAACUAAUGAGAAUUUUGCAUAAAUACAUAUUUAACAUCUGAUAUAUUGUUCCUAGCUGUUUGUACAUCAAACUCUAUCCAUGACAGUUUCCUUUCAAUGUAGAUAAUAUAAUAACAAAUGACAAAACAAUAUUAUUGGCUUGAACACUAUACGUUUUUAAAAGCUAAAUGAUCACGGAAUGAAAUGCAUUUGCAUAUUCUGUGGAAAAUAUCCAGGUUACAAUUUAGGAAAAAAUGUGCCUUAUACUGUAUCUUGUAAGUUCAAGAGAUACUUCAAGUCAUGCAUCCGUAGGGAUAAAAGUACUAGUACUGAUAACCAUUGUACACCAAAUUCGAAUUUUUGAAAUAAAUAUAAGCUCAUACAGAAUACUAAAUAAAUAUGUAAUGCCAAUAAAACAUGGUAAAUGAAAAAUCUAUAUUUUAUAUAAGAUCAUCCAUUUUGAAUUUGCAUGAAAAAUGUGAUGCCUACGACAAUAUCGUGUUAGCUUCUAAUGUAAAACUUACAACACAAGUUAUAAAUAUACUCCAUAGAAAAUAUACUGUAUUGUAAGUUAUAUUGUUAUACCUAUCUGCUCAAUUUUACCAUGAAGUGGGGUCCUAAUGUGUACCUUUGUAGAUUUAUAAUGUAAUACAAUGUAGUUAACUUAGCGAACUAUUAACUGUCGGUAUUAUCUCCCCACAUAUUAUGUAUUGUUGAAUAUUCUGAAAUACAAAACACCCUGUUAACAAAACUAACAGAAUGAUACAAUGCAUGUAGUAUAGCUAUAAUGUAUGAGUAACUUAACCCUACAAUCUAAAGCCUGAUACCACUAAUGUUUUAUAUUACGGCAAAUUUGUACACAUUCACAGGUACCAGGGCUAACGUUAGCUUAGGCUUAUUUACAUAAGUGUUGCGAUAAGAACCCUCAAAAUAAACCACAAAUUAGUCUUCACCAGAUAAUUUAUAACCUGGUCAGUAACAGCUCAGAAAUAGUAGCAAUCUUUAUAUAUAUCCAUCACAGUUUUAAAUAGAAAUCUAGGAUAAGAUUGACUUAAUCUGGUUAGUUUAUAAAGCUUAAUUAAUCAUUCAGUGUUUGGCCGAUUCUUUUGUUAUGUCUGGCUAUAGCAUUAAUAAACGGGACAGGGAAGGACUUUCAGGACUCAUUCUGGCACAUAUGUGUGUAUACUUUAUAUACAUGUUAGGUAACCUUGUCUACAUGUAGAUAACCUCGACUCACUUUGGUUAGUUAUUUUACUCUCUAAUGGAUUUGACUUUGUGUUACACGCUUGUUUUCGACUUUUUUAAAUGCCAGUAUGUACUUUCAAAAGGUGUACAAAAAUGAAAUAAUUUUAUUGGGAAAGAGGAAAUGUCGAAAAGUUUUACCUAAGUAUUUCAUAAAUCAUACUAAAUUGUCCUCAGCUUCGGUUGAAGAUAAUGAUUCAAUUUUAUUGUAACAAUCUGUAGUCAGUGUGUUGUCACAAACUCAUGUUAUCAUUUAACUUAACUUUUAACUGUAUAGUCAUGUAAUUAUAUGUACAUGUAAAUAUAUAUCUGAAGUAUAUAAAAAAAAUAUCAUAUUUUCAUAUUCAAUAUUUGAAAUAUCAGCCAUCUUGUGCAAUAUUCCCCUAUCUUAUCUGCCAAUGAAAUGGUCUGUUAUAUUUUUCAUUUGAUAUCUAUUGACCAAUCAAAUGGUAUGUUAUAUAUAUUUUGUCAUGUAUAUAUAUUGACCAAUUAAUUGUUACGUUACAUUUGCGUUAAAUUUAUUGUUGAUUUAUCUUUAUAUUAUGAGACAGAUAUGUUCAUUACACAGGAAUGUGGAAUUACGAAAGAUCACAUAGAUAUACAGGUUUAUUUCAAUUAAAAUCAAUUUCACUCUCUCCCAAUUGAUUCAAUUUCUUUUUGGAAUCAGAUAAUCUUAUAUUGUGAAUCAGUUCUUCAGCCACACAAACAUAUUGACGAAGGAACUGUAAACAAACUCAUCGUAGCUUAUUAAAAUUGUAGCGCAUUUUCAGAUUUUUACAGAUUAGCGAAUUAGUCAAAAGUCGAAAAGCGCUAAAAUAAAACUUCUGCUAAAGUAGGUACGUUUACAGUAUAAGCGAUGUGUGGUGAGAAAACGUUUGUAAUUCAUGACUGUAAUACACGCAUGAAUACAAUAUUGAACAUUUGUUAUUAUUUAAGAAAUAUUCCAAAUUAGACAGUUGCACUCCGAAAUGAUUUGAUCAAUUCUCGAUUGUUUUAAUCAUUGUUUUUAAUUUGUAAGCAUGAGGGUAAAAUCUUUUAAUUGAAAUGUACAAAAUUAUAAUGAUUUUUUGAGAAAAUGGAAUCUAUAGAUCUCUUGAGGCGCCUGUCUUAAUUUCAACCGUACAUUUCUACAGCUGACGUUUAUCCGGUUUUAGCAGGUAGUACUUUAACUUUAUGUAGUGUCGAUUUCGUAUGAAACAGCGAGUAGUCCACUCUACAGAAGUGUAUUUUUGAAAUGAUAAUAAAAAAGCACCAAUUGAAAAAAACAUAGAUGUAUUAUGUUAAUAUUAUGAGCAGACUUGCAUGUAUCUUAUUUGAAAGUUAAAUCACACUUAUUAACAAUAUUGUAAUUUUUUUUCUUUUUUUUUUCUUUUUUAAAAUAUUUUUUCUUCAUUUUUUAAAUUUAUAAUGGGUAAACUGUCAAAAUUUGGUUCAAGUGUCAAGUUAUAUUUAUGACACUUUCAGUGAAACAGUGGGUUCAAGCAUUGUACAUUUUGAGUUGUCCUGAUUAAGCUAGUUGCGUCAUAAAAUAACUAUCAGACGAAUAUCUUUACUGCUAGUUUAAUUUUAUUCUAUCAUUAUUUCCGCACGAUCUUGCAUAGGCAGCGAUAUAAAUUAAAGUUUUUAAUCCGUUAAGGAAACCUCCUAAAAAAAAAAACAUGACUUCCGACUAUGGUGUAUUUUUGUAUAUGGCUCAAAGGCAAUCCUUGCUAACAUACCAUUCAGUUAAUUUAAUGCUAUGUAAUAUUUAUUAUUAACUCAGAUAUGAACCAUGAUAACCAACCCACUAUGUAAGCUAUGACUAAAAAGUGUAGAUUUUUUUUAUGUGAAAAAAAAAAAAAAUUGUUUCAUGAUUCAUAAAUAUUGGUACUAUUCCGUAUACAAGCCACAAUACAGAGUUGAUAUAAUAAUUCAUUGGCAAAUGUUUUACAAUUUUCUGAUGACAAUAAAUGAUAAUGUAUUGAUUAUUAUGUACAAAAGUUUUAUAAAAUGCUGGGAGUAUUUGCUAUCAAUUAUAAGUAAGAGUAACCAAUAUGAAUCUCCAUAUCGUUUAGGUAGCAGAGAGUUACGAUAUAGGGGAGAUAACCCCGGAUGCAGUGCUAAAUGACACUAGUUUUAUUUAUUUCUCGAGCAAUAUUGGUGUUGCGCUUUUUAUAAGUCAAUGUUCUGUAAAUGUUCAUCUUUGCAAGCCAAGGGUUAAGAUCCGGUACGAUCUGGUCUACCCGUUAAGAAAGAAAAAAACCCGGAUCGAAAUCCUUUGCUAGCGAAGAUGGUCAAUGUUCAUCAGUUUCAAGUUGUGUAAUCUAUUAUAAAGUUUUUAUUUCUAGAAGAAAACCAGAUUUUUCGCUCACUGUACUGCUCGUUGUAUGUCGAAAUGAGAUUGAUUGUCUCAUUCUAAAUUUUUGUUAUCUCUGUGAAUAUGUUCAUCACACUAUCUACACUGUUUACAUAUUUACAUAUUAAAAUGACAUAACCUGCA